UCUGCCUUCACAUACUCUGUUAAAAACCCAGAUAAUUCAAGAGUUUUUUGUUAUUUUUUUUGUUAUGUGCUAUUCUGUUUUGAUUUUCAUGCUAUGAUUGUUUGUCUUCUGAAUUUUUCUUUCUAUUUUCUGAUUGUAUAUAUGGGUUCUUUUACUUGGAGAUUCUGGCAAGUUUGCAUUCUUUUGGCAUCACAUUUUCUACCAAAAAAUUAGUUUUCUGAUUAUAUUUCUUAGCUUUUUAUUAUUGGGUUGAUUUGGUCCUUAGUUCUGUUGUUCACUCAUUCGUUGGUCUAUUAUUGUGACUUUUUGUUCUUUUCUUUUGGUGGUCAUGAAUCAUGAUAAUUACGUGAUACUUACUUGAUUGAUCUCCAAUGCUCUUUGUCUGGUCUUGCUGUGGUUGACAACAAGAUCAUAUCAUCAUAUUCAUACCUUUCUUUCGUCCUUUUCUGCUUUUGCCUUUUUCACUUUACCUCUUUGACUCUUGUAUUUCUCUGCUAGAGUUUGUACCGAUUUUCCUGCUUUUAUUCUUCUCUCUCUUUCAGAACCCUCUAGUUACCAAGUUUCUUCUCUACCUCUACUUGGUUGCAGAGACAAAAGCAGUAAAAGGCUUUGUAAAUGCUAAAUUGUUUUGCUCAAGGCUAUUUGUAACAUGUUUGGAUCAACUUCUUUUUCACCAGAAUCAAUUCUGAAACACAGAAGCUACCCAUAAUUGAUUCUGAGUUAGAAUUGAUUGUGAAAGGGCUUCCAUAGAUGCAUUACUCCCAUUCGGUUAUUCAGCUGGUUUUGUUGUCAAUUCAUAUACCUUCCGGCAAAUUGUGCAUUUGACUAGUUCUACGGGUCCCAGUUUUCAACAGUAAGUCGAAGUGCUUGCAGUAGCAGGAGCGAUGGAGAAGCGGCCUCUCCGUCCUGUCUAGAAAUCGGAUUCUGCGGUCAAAAGAGUGCAAGGAGAACAUCCUCAGAUCUUGUUGGAUCUCUGAACAAGUUAUCAUCCUUACCAAACAGAAUUUUCGCUAAUGGAAAGAGCAGGUCUUCUUGCAUAUUUACGCAGCAGGGUCGUAAGGGUGUUAAUCAAGAUGCCAUGAUUGUAUGGGAAGACUUCAUGUCAGAAGAUGUGACCUUUUGUGGUGUCUUUGAUGGCCAUGGUCCACAAGGUCACCUUGUCGCGCACAAAGUCCGGGAUGCAUUGCCAGUAAAACUGCUUUCAUAUUUAAAUUCCUAUGAGUCAAGGGGGAAUGCUUCAGGUAAAGCUUCUAUUAAGGGGGAAAUAAAGCCUGAAACUGAAGAAUCUGAGAAGGAUUUCUGUGGUGAGGAUACACUGAGUGCUAUGUGGAGAGAAGCUUUCAUGAAGGCAUAUAAGGCUAUGGACAAAGAGCUGAAGUCUCAUCCAAAUUUGGAUUGCUUUUGUAGUGGGAGCACAUCUGUAACUAUAGUGAAGCAGGGUUCAAGUUUGUUCAUGGGGAGUAUUGGAGAUUCGCGAGCAGUCAUGGGAACCAAGGACAGCAAUGACUUGAUGGUGGCAAUUCAGCUUACUGUUGAUUUGAAGCCUGAUUUGCCAAGAGAAGCAGAAAGAAUUAAACGGUGCAAGGGCAGGGUAUUUGCAAUGCAAGAUGAGCCAGAAGUUCCAAGGGUGUGGUUACCUUUUGAUGAUGCACCUGGAUUAGCCAUGGCUAGAGCAUUUGGAGAUUUUUGCUUGAAGGAGUAUGGUGUGAUAUCUAUACCUGAGUUUUCUCAUCGGCUGCUCACGGACAGAGAUCAGUUCAUUGUUCUUGCCUCUGAUGGGGUGUGGGAUGUUUUGAGCAAUGAAGAGGUGGUUAAGAUAGUAUCUUCAGCACCAACUCGAUCAGCAGCAGCAAGAGUUCUGGUUGAUUCUGCUGCUAGAGAGUGGAGACUUAAAUAUCCUACUUCAAAAAUGGAUGAUUGUGCUGUUGUGUGUCUAUUUUUGGAUGGCAAAAUGGACUCAGAAUUCGAGUGCGAUGAGCAGUGCUUUUCUUCUGCAACCAUCCAGGGCAAUCCUUCGGGUAACCCAGCUGAGUCAGAUGAAGGUCAAAAGUCUGAGCCAUCUCUGCAAAGGAACAACACUGUGAGAUCCUCAGAAGAUGAGACCAGCGGAGGACGAGGAGUAGGUGUUGUUGCUGAAGACGGAACAUCAUCAGCUGAAGAUCAAAACUGGUCAGGUCUAGAGGGUGUUACCCGAGUAAACUCACUGGUUCAACUUCCUAGGUUUUCUGAGGAAAGGCCUAACUCUUGAGUUUUGUUUGUUCAUCUGGAAUGCUUUAUUGUAAUACCUGUUGCAUCACAAUGGAUUCAACAAGGGAAAUCUUUCUUUGAUGGUUAAUUACUUGAACUAAACGAUGCAUUUCUUGUAUUUCUAAUUUUAAUUUAAAUAUGAUCUAGUAAGACAAUGAAAUAUGAUUA